GUUCACCCCCUUUCCGCUUUGUUUCUCAGCAGCACUUAUUCUCCGCCUUUCCGAUAAAGCCAAACUAAGCAUGGGCAUGUUUUCCAGUCUAAAGUCGAUGCUAAAGGACGGUGACAGCGAUGUUGAAAGACACUUCUGUGCUCCAACUGCCCACCAACCUCCUAUCGGUGAGUUAAUGGGGCGGCUAGGUAGUUUUGCCCCUUAUGACCACAGCACAGCGCAGGUGUAUCGUUAUCGUAAGAUGUACGGUGUCAACAUUGGCUCUAUGUUUUGCCUGGAGCCUUGGAUAUCAACAGAGCUCUACAAGCCGUAUACCGAGGGAAAGGAUAGUCCACCUGAGUCUGAGGGCGAUCUGAUCGAAUGCAUGGGCAGUGAAGCGAAGCAAAAGAUGGAGGCACACUGGGACUCGUGGAUCCAGCGCGGUGACUUUGAGCGCAUGGCCAAGAUUGGUAUCAACACAGUCCGACUUCCUGUUGGAUGGUGGGUGCUUGGGCCAGGCUUUACGCAAGGACUGUAUGAGAAGCACUCAGAGGUGUACCGGAAUGCACUUGUCUAUGUGGGACGAGUAUUGCGCUGGGCUGAAGAAUUCCAAAUUGGCGUAUUGCUGGAUAUCCAUGCUAUUCCUGGCGGACAAAACAACGACUCACACUCGGGGAUUACAGGGAAGCCGCUAUUUUACCGAAACCAAGCGUGCCAGGAACUGACACUCCAGUGCUAUUCGGCAUUCACCAUGUUGGUGUCCAAUAUCACGCAUGUUGUUGGACUCCAAAUUAUAAACGAGCCGCUGGACGACCCAGUUCUGGAGGGCUUUUACUACCGCGCCAUACAGACCGUCCGAGGGCAUUCCUACUCGCUGCCAAUCUAUAUCGGUGAUGCUUGGAACACUGAAAAAUACGCAAAGUUUACGGGCAGCAUGCUUGGACAGUUUGGUAUGAUCGUUCUCGACACGCACAAAUACUGGUUGGCGCGCAAGCUGUGGGAGGAAGUAAAGCCCGAGCUCGAGCGACACAGCGCCGAUGCUCAUGGGAACCUGAUUAUCGGCGAGUACAGCGCGGUAUUGGCAAACCCGAGCUUUGAGGGUGAGGACCCAGCCAAGUGCAUGGGAGAGUUCGUGCGGCACCAGCUGGCAGCGUUUGAGCAGGUAUCGGCGGGCACAUUCUACUGGACAUGGCGACUGCAGUACGAUUCGUGGUUCUGGAGCUUCCAGUACUCGCUCGACCAGGGGGUUGUUCCACCCCGGUACUUUCCCUUUGCGUGGAGCAAAGGUGGUGAUCGGUGCAGCGAUGUGGCGCGGAUGGCCGAAGAGCAUCGAGCGGAGUGGAAGGAGCGCAGAGUGAGCGGCCACUCGAGCUAUUGGUCAAGCCGGGGCGGCGAAUACAGAUUCGAUCUAUUUGCUGCUGGGUUUGACAUGGGUCUAAGCGCAGCAAUAUUCUUUUACACCAAGCUGGAUACACCGUCCAAGAUCGGGUUCGUGCAGCAGCUGGCAUCGGAGCAUGCCGGCCACCAUAUAGCGGCACAUGGUGGAGAGCAGUGGCAGUGGGAGUAUGAGCAUGGAUUCAGCGAAGCGCAGCAAGAGUUUGAGGCAUUUGCCACAGCAAAACACAGCGAGUAACGACGUGUUAGGCAAUAGAAGAGGAAUAUAUUUGUUGUGAGGCAAGGAUGGUACGCUUGCAAUGGAAUAAAGGUGUCUUGAUUACUCGGA